CUUGGUCUACCGGGUAGGUAACAUCUUUCCUUGAAUCUCAUCCUGUCAAUGUUGCCCCUUGCUUCACGCCUGCAACUCAAGCCCGCCCCCAUUUCACUUCUCUGCCCGUCCCUGUCUUGGGAUUCUAUGCGCAUCAGACCAGGUCCAUGCCGUAAACAGCUCGGCCCAGACGUCUCGUGUCAGGGCGUGCAGUGUGUUUGCAAAUCCGAAUGAGUCUUGCAGCAUGGGCAGACAAGACCGGGAUCCGAUUUACUACAACGUACAGUAAUGUAUCUGCCUAGCUAACAAUUGGCUCAGCUUCCGCACUGGACUGGCCCAACGCCCCGCGUUAUGCCUCGAGACCUUUUGGUGGAUUCGAUUUGUCUACAUUACAUGAGUCUCGAUUACCCGACAAGAGAGAGAUCUUAAAGAAAUGGUAUUAUUAUAUUACGCUUUCAGCUAAUAAGUUCAAUUAGCGCUCUGGCAAGGCAAUUGAGCAAAAAUUUGCCCUCGCACGAUGCCAUCAACCCAACUUGAAAGGGCAUAAGGACUCCUGGAACCAUCAGCAGGAGCUGCCAAACCUCGUCAACAAGAGGGAGGCACUGUAGCUGGUACGGGGACAUCACACUCCGAAAGUGGCCUGGAUUUCCGGCGUAAUUCGAGACGCGUCUUCAAUGAGCUCUUACGUGGUGGAAACGUCGGCCUUUUCGAUGUCGCUGCAUCAGCAGGCCCAGGUCCUUGUUCGGGUCGUAGGAGUGGCGUGAGCAGGUUGUGGUGGUGGUCAGCUUGCUCGCUUUCCCGUGCCGAUGUUGGCUCUAUGCCUGCGUCUCCCUCCGCAAACCUUUUGUCUGCAGGACGACGGGCUAUGGUUCGGAGCAGCACGCGGGGUUCUGUCUUUGCAGGCUUGGUCAUCUCUGUCCGAAGUGGCCAUGAGUCCCGUAACGCCGCUUGCUCCAACUGCCAGUGAUUCAAUCUCUUGUCGAUUGGCUUGCAAGUGCAAGGUCGAUAAGAGUCAUCAUCGUCGCACUCAGAUGUCUGAUCCUCGCUUCUCCCCUCUAAAUCGUCAAGCUUCAGUUCGAAAUCCAGGGCUUCCUCGAGGCUGGUCUGCUCCGUAGACACCACGGACGGCUUGGGAAGGCCUGGAAUUACAACUACUGGCGAGGCUCUUCCUUCUUCAAUGACUUCCACUUGUGCCUCGUGCUCCUCAUCACUAAUGAUGGACUCGUUUUCCGAAGCAGGGUCCGAUAGCUGUGCAAGGCUUCUCAAGCGAUUUGGAUAAUCAAAUCCGUUACUCCGCUCUUUAUCUUUCCGGUCAUGAAGUUUGAGGAACGCCCAGCUUUUCAAGCUGGAUUUGCGAGGCGGCCUUGGCGAGUUGUCAAUCGUCUGCUGCGACUUUAUUGCCUGGAUGGUCUCAUGGGGAGCGUCGGCUAGAAGGACCGGCUUAGCUUCGAUUGACUCUGCAAUCAACGGAGACGCUUUCCUGGCUCGAAACCCUCGAAAUAAGCUCCUUGGUUUGGACUUUGUGGAUGUUGAGGACGGGGCCAGACUGACAGUUGAACGGUUGUCGAACAGGUUUCGCUCAUCCUUGGGCUUGGGAGUGGGAAUAAGAGAGUUCGAGAAAGACCUUAGAGUCUUGAAUCUUGAGACGCCACUUCCAUGUGGCUUGCCUUUGGACGACGAGUCCACGGAUUCUGGCCCUGACGGACACCUCACGGCGCCCUUGACGUUUGCACGCUGCAGAGACCUUCCCCGUCCUGCCGAAGAAGAAGAUCGACGGGGUAAUUCGAGGCUGGAGUCCGAUUCAUUGUCAGCGUCGUCGAAGUCCGUAACGACGGGCCGGUCGAAGGUAAGGCCGUAUCUCUUGUUCUUAUAUGCAGUCGAGGUAAGGCCAAAUCUGUCUGAGUAAUCCGGACUCAUGGGAGACGUCGGGAUUGAAGAGGACUGUGAGCUGUCUUCGCCAUGGGACUUUAGCGACAGUGGAGAGGAAGGUUCCUCCGCUGAAACACUAUAGCUAUCGACUUCGAUUUGGACCUCGAUGUGACUUUCCAAUAUUCUUCGGUCAUCAUCUCGUGACCCGUCCUCUAGGCAGGCAAUAUGCGGAGUGGUUGUGCUGGAGGUCGCGUCUGAGUUCUCAUUGUGGAUUUCGACCUUGACUUCACUGUCCCAGAUGAGCCCUUCCCCGUGUCCUGGAACAACCAGUGCGGUGGCAGGGACGGUUGGAUUUGUUGGUUGUGAGGGUGUUGGAUGGAGCUCUGCCAUAAGACAAUCCUCACAGAUCUGGUUUAAAAACGACCGCUCAACUGUCUGAUGCGAGGGACAGGACUGAGGCUCAGGAGGCCUUGCGCUUAAGGCCCGGGGUUCCUCAUUGGAAUGAUCGCGGCUCUCUCCAAACCAUAAGCCUGGCUUAUUAGGUUGACUGUUCUGAGCCCCAAGCACAUGGCGCGCUCGAUAGGCACCACAGAGGAUGGGAUGAUCGUAGUGACAACCGCAUUCACGGUAGAACCAUUUUUCUGUCACGCACAUCUUCGAUGCGGGAAUGAACCCUGAAGACAGCAAGAGAUAGAAGACACAAUAGGGAACUCAAGAUCAAAUAUGGAACUCGCUCUCCGCAAAGGGCUGUGACAUUCUUUGGGCGGCUGUCGGGAGAUUGCGCUGUCAAACGCCUUGACCACGGGGAGGUGGAAGCACACGUCAAAGCCAGCGUGGAUGUGUUCUGCCAGACCUUGUGCAAUCUGCAGCGAAGCAAUAACCAAGCACGAAGACCGCCAUCGACACAUUAUUUUCGCGAGCCGUGUGACUUUUAUUGUUGUGGUUCGUGUCAAUCAUGUCGGCGGCAUUGUUGUCGUAUCUGGUGCGGCUAAGUGCCUGCAGAUUGGUUUCUCGACCGCGACGCGUAUCACCUUGUACUCUUCAUCUGUGAGAUGUACCAAACGUAGCUGUGUUUGUGGUCAGCUUGUUGUCCAUCGUGCGGAUUAUUUCUUCAUUUAUGAAGGUCAAGCUGCUGCUGGCGUCAGAGAUCUUGCGCCCUGUAGGGCAUAUUUGUCGCCGGCUACGUCUCCGAAGUCGAUUCAGCAUUGAUGCUCAACCAUCUCUGCUGAGUCUCGUCGCUUGAAAGCUCGAACCUACUUGUGACACCCAGCGACGUGUCCGGCUGGUCUACCGAUGUUCUUGUACCUCCGAUAGACUGCAGUAAGUAGCGUCAACAUUUCCGAAUGGCCAGAUACAUUCCGAUGCACAUUCGUGCACCACUCGAGAAGGCCCAGAAACAUUGGUUUCGAAGGUCUAAUUCAGGAAUGAGUGGUCCGGAAGACGUCAACCACCUGUCCGGACUGAGCACAGUGGCGAUGGGAAAGCAUUCUCGUCCAACUGAAGGUAGAUGGCGACAUGCUCCCAACAGUUCCGGCAGGAAUCUUUUAGAAACAAUCGACUGGUGAUGAGCAAGCUCAAAUGUGGGCAAUGGGGGUACAAUCGCUAGGACCUUUGAAGUACCGCAUUCGGGUACGGCAGCUGUGUAAAUCCUCGAGCAGAGGAAGCUCUUCGUGAUCUACAGAAAGGAGGGAACACCUCGUCCCUGACCUUGUCUUGAAUUCCACUGUGUUGAGGCAUUGGCAGCGCCAGUUCAGAUACAUCAAGGAACCAGCUGUGAUGUCAACACCGGUUAGAAGGUGGUCAGCACGUUCGGAGGCAAUGUUCAUGUUUACCAGUUUGGCGGGAUCUCUGCACUCUGGCUGGGUGGCCAAAUUACGGUGGUGUCUGCUGCCGCUACCCGAAAAGCUGCUAUUGCAUGUUUGAAGCCGUGGAAGGUUGAUAAAGUGUGCUGGCGGAUGCCAGAGUAAGUGCAGGCUUUCCUCAUGGGCAUCACUCGGAGAGGUUCAGGACGCUUUCCCAACUCACCGGUGCGCGUCGUGAUGCAGUCGGCGCCUGUGAGAAUGCGCCGUGAACCAUGGUAGGCGCCUCCGAGCAGGAUUGAGGAUCUCUUCGAUCAUUGCUUGGGAUCGUCUCAAACCAGAUAAGGCCUUUGUUCCUCCACGCUCUGGUCCAUAUGCGAAUCCAGACAUGGUGUCGAGGGAAAGGUAAUGCAGGCUACCGAAGAUCUCGCUUACACGAUCUGGCUCCCGCUCCAAGAAUGAGAGGGCGGCGGCGACCUUGUUCUGCGCAUAAGAAGAGAAAGCGUGGGUAAAGCACUGUCUGUUUGCACAGAUUUGGCUGACCGAUCUCUUCCGAUCCCGUUGCAGCUUCCGUCCCGCAAAGGUGAAGAGGUUUGGGUGCCCAUAAACGUCAAAUAUGCGGUAUAACUCAGUACCCUCAGAUGCGCUGCCGGCACCAUGGAUCGGCGUUAACGCGAACAAGCUGUUGGACGGAUCACAUGGGCUGAUACGAACCACGGGACCAUGCUGUCUGUGCAAGUCAAGGAUUGAAUGGACUGACCUUGCUCGCCACGCCUCCGGAGCCGGUCAAAAGCCGGUUGCAAAGUAAAGCCAUGGGCCAGGAACCCUCUUAGGUUGGCCGCAUUGAAGUCCUCGAAAUACACCCUAUAAAAUGAGACGGGAAAUACACCCUAUAAAAUGAGACGAUGGCAAGCGUUACCCACACCGGGAGUGGCAGUCCCAUAUGCUUCUGCCUGUCGUGAUACUCAUCUCUCAGGCUCGACAUGAAGAUGACCGCUCUCUUCUCGCCACCCGUUUAAUGAAGAAGGGACCUCGAUACCUACUUGGCAGAAGGCUUGCGCUCGGCCAUACCAUUUCAGUACAAGAGAGGGAAGAGAUAGUCGGUGAUAGCUUCCCUCAGAGAGGCACGAUGGGCGCUCAUGUCCGGUGUUCAGCAACCCUUGCAGCUGAUUCAUACGAUUAGUUCAAACCAGAAAUGCCAUGCAUACCUUUCGUCCAAGUGCCGCACGCUGUCCCUCGGCUGACUUCUGGCACGGGAGGACGCGACAAUGUUGGCAGUUCUUCUGAGCAUGACUGAAGGGUGGUGUGGGUUGGCAAGCCCAACUCGAGACAUGGACGGACCGCCAAUGAGAACCAACACUGAUAUCACGGUGAUGCCCCUGGUUUUGCAAUCUGGUGAAACUCCUGAGCUGGCUUGAUAGCCCAACCGCAAUUGCGUCGCUGACUCUUUCUCUGAAUCUUCACCAUUUGCGUCUCUUAGUGCUCGAGCUAAACAAACGCCUCAAUGGUGGCUAGCGGUGGCUUCGGAAGAUAUUGCAGAUCUAGACACCCGCUAGGUAUGCGGGCCAUGGAGUUCUGCGUCCGGGGGUAAGCACAGUCAUCCGAUACUAUGCAAGGUCAUAUGCCAUUUAGCGAUGAACGAGAGACGAUAACGGUGAAACAUUGUCGGCCAUCUCCUUGACGGCCUCUGUUUGUCCAGGACUCGGGAACAGGGGUUUUGACCUCAUUAGCAUACCGUCCGCUUGCGCCAACCGAUCGGCUCUACCAUUGUUCGAUGGAUGUCCUCCGCAUCCCCGUUUCGUGGUAAUGGCUGUCCUACACGUGGUGUGUGAGGGACACUGAUAGCACAUCUCCAUGCACCAAUAGAAUUUUGCCGGGGUCCCCAAUAUUUUUUUUUCUGGAUAUUCUCGCCUGCCAGAGGCAGGGCGAUUCUGGAAUGGUCCUUCAUACAGAAGAAAUUCGUCAGCAGUCCGCCGCAAACAUCGGGCUGGAAGCUAUUGCUCUCCGGGCGUGGAAAACGAGCGACAAUGGCACCAGACGGCGGGUAACUCAAGGCUGGCUUCGCAGGUGAACUAAGAGGGGUUUAGAAAUCUCAUCAAAGGCUGGAAGGGUAAUAAUCCACCGUGACGAGGUUGGAUUGAUGGCCAGUGACCUAGUGCGCUGUACAGUAGUACUAUAGACUUCAGUCAAGGAAUACACAACAAUAUGGAUUUAGUCAGGAGCCUGUGAUCGGAGAGCUUAUCACAGCCUUUUGAGCAUUGAGAGUAUCGAAGUGGAUAAAAUAAUAAUGGGGGAGAUAGGACUGGUGGGACGAAUCCAAGGAUGGGUACUAUAGUAGAACUUGAAGGUUACAGUAUUUUAUUAAUGGAGUGAGAUGAGCUUAGCAGAGAGUCUUGUAUUUGUUAGUGCGCAGCCUUUGUCCUUAUCUCUUCUGCGCUCCACCCAUCGACCCUCUCUGGGGCCUCAGAGAACUCUGGUCGCACUGUGAUUGUUCUGAUCGUUGCGGUAUCUUUAUGGUGGACGUGAGUCUAGCCCACAGUCUGGCCUUCAAGCCACCGUCCAUCAUACUAGCAUCUCAUCAAUGCUAUCUUGAUAUCUGUCCGCCAGUCAGGCUUCCACAAUGCCUGCGUCAAUACCAUGGGCUCCGCUCCAUAGCCCAGUUAAGUGCCAUCCAGCGAGCAAGGCUAUAUAGUUAUAUACCCCGGAGCCGCCUGCGAAACAAGGCUCAGGCUUGAUUGCUGCCCUCUGUCAAAGUCCAACUCUCUACCUUGAGUCAUCGUCUGCUCGGCCGAGAUCAGUUACGUGAUCACCUACAUUGGGUUCAGGAGGAGACGACCACUCUAGAGACACUCGUCAGAACCACCAGGCGUCAACGAAGUGGUGACCGGACCGCAAACCUCACUCCCUCCCGUCAUGGACACCAAGAAGGACUACGACCCCGAAAAGGGCGUCGCCGCCCCUGCCAGUCGGGAGUCGGUCGAAGAAGCGCAUCCCAGACACUCGCUGACCGGACGCAAAUCGUCCGUGGUCGAGUCUGUGAUCGCGGCCGAGUUGCUCGACGACCGAUUUCGAACCACCCAGCGUGGCCUGAAAAGCAGACAUGCCCAGAUGAUCGCACUCGGCGGCAGCGUCGGUACUGGACUUUUCGUCGGUACCGGCCAGAAUCUCGCAUUGGGCGGGCCGGCAUUCAUUCUCGCAGCAUACAUUAUUGUAUCCUUCCUGGUGUACUGCGUGGUAACGGCCAUCACCGAGGUCGCCGCAUACCUGCCCAUCCACGGAGGCAGCAUGUCAUACUACGGCUACCGAUACGUAUCACGAUCAAUGGGAUUCGCCCUUGGCUAUCUAUACUGGUACGCGCUGGGGAUUUUGGUCCCAUACGAAGUGACCGCCGCGGGCCUAGUGAUCAACUACUGGCCCAACGACGUCAACAUUGCAGUCUGGAUCACAAUCAUGCUAGUCGUGAUCAUCACGCUCAACUUCCUACCGGUCAAAUACUACGGCGAAACGGAAUUCUGGUUCGCAGGGACAAAAGUCAUCCUAAUGCUCGGCCUUCUCAUGGUAUCUUUCAUCCUCUUCUGGGGCGGAGGACCGAGCCACGACCGACUGGGCUUUCGAUACUGGAACAACCCGGGUGCGGCCAAAACAUACCUAACCCACGGCGACAGUGGACGAAUGGUCGCAUUCUGCGCAACACUAGUCCAAUCCGUGUUUCCAUUCACAUUCGCACCGGAACUCCUAGUCACGACGAGCGGUGAAAUGGAGUCACCACGCCGCAACCUCCCCAUCGCAUCGAAGCGCUACUUCUACCGCCUGAUCGUCUUCUACGUCCUCGCCGUGCUGGCCAUUGGAGUCAUCUGUCCGAGCAACGACGAGCGCUUGACCAACGGCGGAGCGGGCGCAGGUUCCUCCCCCUUCGUCGUGGCCAUAUCCAACGCCGGCAUCCCCGCUCUCCCAUCCAUCAUCAACGCCGUCAUCUUGAUUUCCGCCUGGUCAUCGGGCAAUUCGUACCUGUACAUUUCCUCCCGGGCGCUGUACAGCUUGGCCGUGCAAGGGUCGGCCCCCCAGAUCUUCAAGCGCUGCAACAAAUGGGGCGUGCCCUACAUGGCCGUGGGCUGUUCGGCGUUGUUCUCGGCCCUGGCCUACCUCAACGUCGCGUCCAGCGGCGCCAAGGUCUUCAACUGGUUCUUAAACCUGACAAACACAUUCGGCUUGACGAGUUGGGUCUGCUGCAUGGUCAUCUACUUCCGCUUCCGCAAGGCGUGCGACGUCCAAAACGUUCGCUCUCCUUAUCGUAGCUGGAUGCAGCCAUGGGGCGCCUGGAUCGCGCUCGUCAUGUUCACCCUGCUCUGUCUCAUCAACGGCUUCACCGUCUUCUUCCCUUCCAAGUGGUCCGUCUCCAGCUUCUUGACCUCCUAUGUCGGUCUGCCCGUCUUCUUCCUCAUCUUCUUCGCCCACCGUCUCGUCUACUGGCGCGACAGUUGGGCCUGGGACCCCGCGGAGGUCGACUUGCACUCCGGUCUGCAGGAGGUCCUGGACGCCGAAAAGCCCGUCAAGAUCCGCAAGGGGAUCUUGGGCAAGCUUCUCAUGAUAAUUGAAUGAAGGAUUAGAGUUCAAGUUUAUAUCUACAUCGAAUAGAAGAAUAAAUGCAAGCGUUUCUUUCAGAACAAAACAGACUAAACCGGCUCAUCUCCUCCGCCUCGGCUUGGGCAAAUUCUCACUUGGAUUGCUUUUUAGAGUCAAGUUCCAUGGUUUUGAUCGCUACGAGUAUUGACAUUGAAUGUUGCACGAUUUGGUGGUCACUGCGAUUCAUUUAUCAUAGGUUACUUAGUAACCCUACCUUGGAAGAAUACUAGCAAAACAGGAGCACAGAAGCAGCUAUGCACAAGAACCCAUUACAAGCUCCCACGACUUUUGUAGCCUUUUGCAAAAGAUAUACAAUAAUGCAAACCUUGCUAGUGUGAUUCAUUACCCAAAUGCCCACUGAUGCCAUCCACUGUUGACUGCUGUACCUCAAAACC